CUUGGUCUCAAUAUUGUUUUGAAGUAUGCUAAAUGGCAAGUAGGGAAUGGUACUAGCAUCAACUUAUGGAAGUCUAAUUGGAUCCCUAAUAUGCAAUCUUAUAUCCAAGAAUGGGGUGAUCUGAAUAUUCAUACUUAUCAAUGGGUUUCUGAACUCAUUGAUUCUCAUACUGCACAAUGGAAUAUUUCUCUUAUUCGACAACUGUUUCAACCAGAUCAGGAGCAUAUGUUCUGGGGAGGGAAACAGUAAAAAGAGCAAUCAAUAUUCAUCAGGAUGAAGCUUGGGCGUUGUUGGAAGCUAUGGAAAUGGCGACAGUUAAUGGUUGGUCUCAUGUUAUAUAUGAAACAAAUAAUCUUUCUAUGAGUUCUUAUUUACAGCAACAAUCUGUUCUUCCUCCUUGGCAAAGUAUGCCUUUACUUAGAAAGUGUGUGAAUAUUUGUAAUGUAAAUCCGGUGUGGUCUUGUGUGUUUGUAUAUAGAAACUGUAAAGCUGCAAAUGCUUUAGCUAAGGCAGCUCGUCAAUAAAAUUUAU